GAUUUAAUUUGUCAAAGUCAAACAAAUUUCAAAUUUUAUUUGAAACACAAAUUUUCUCCAAUUUCUUUUAUAAAGGCAAUGCACAAUGAUCAUCGUAUUCCACACGUUGUAUUUUAUCGUUCGUUAUUUACGCAAGAUCUACAAGGAAUCGCAAGUGGCGAAAACCCACAAACCAAAAUGUCAUCCGAAGGCGAGUGAGGUUAUGUUUCAAAACAGCAUCACCUCCGACGACGCUUUUGGCGUUCGUUUUGAUCCGCCUUUAUAUAAACAACGUUAUGCGACCGUUCAACAAAUUCUCCUUAAUGAAAAGUAUAGACCAAAAAUAAGAAAAAUCGUUGAUUAUGGAUGCAGCGAGUUACACUUUUUCGUUUAUAUGAAACAUCUCUUUGGAAUAAGUGAAAUUAUUUGUGUCGAUAUUGACGAGGAUGUUCUUCGCGAGCAUCGAUUUAAUAUUCGCCCUUUAAAUGUUGACUUCUUAAAGAAGAGAUCUCAAAAACUUACUGUUAAACUUUUAUGCGGAAGUGUUUCUGAUCCUGAUUAUCGAGUAAAGGGUGCUGAUGCUGUUAUUGGUAUUGAAUUGAUUGAGCAUUUAUAUCCGGAUACUUUAGAAGCGCUGCCGUUUAAUAUUUUUGGUUUUAUCCGACCUUUAUUGGUUGUUUUAACAACUCCUAAUGCUGAAUUUAAUGUUGUUUUUGGUCGUAACGAUGGAUUCAGACAUUUCGAUCAUAAAUUUGAAUGGAAUAGAGAUCAAUUUGAAGAUUGGUGUAGAAAUAUAACGAAACGCUUUCCGACUUAUCAAGUUUAUUUUGAUGGACUUGGAAAUCCACCAAAUAAUCAUAAAAAGGUUGGGUUUUGUACUCAAUAUGCUGUGUUUCUAAAAGAUUGUCUUAAUUCUAUUUCUGUGGAUGAAAUAACUCCCCCGGCGGAACCUUUAGGGGUUAAUAAAGAAUCUUUUGGGAUUUGUACUUAUUAUAGUUAUACAAAACAAUUAGGUAUUUAUGAAACUGAUCAAAUUUCGCAACAAAAUCGUGUUUUUGGGAAUGAUUGUCCUGUACAAAUGGGAAAUUUUUAUAAAGAAAUUGAAGUUGUUGAAUAUCCCUAUGAAAUUGAUAGUAGAUCCCCAGAAAAACGGAUUUUAGAUGAAGUAUUAUACAAAAUUUAUUCAGUAGCAACUCCUUAUUCAAGAUUUUAUAAUGAAAACACAGAUCGAAUUGAAAUGCCACUGUACAUGUUAAUUUCAAAUGAUGAAGGAUGUUUUACGACAGGUUCAGAAGUACGAACAUUGCUGGAGAAGGAAAAAUUCCGUAUUGAAGAAUGUUGUUUAGAGAGUGGUCGUGAUGAAAAAACCCUUUGCGUCGUUUACGAACUUGAUGCAACGAUGAAUAAUCGAAAUUCUCGCCCUGAUGAUGCUGAUUCGAACGAUGAACAACCUCUUAAAAUACCGUGGUCAACAUCCGCUUUGGAAGAAUCCGAUUGGGACUCAGAAUAUUUGAAUGCUUCCGGUGGUGUUAAAAUUAACGAUGAGAAGGUAGAAGAAGAAAACCUUCAAGAUGCCCCGCAACAAUUACAUAAUCAAAUAAACUCCGAAAAAGAUGUGAACAACAAAAUCACUCAUCAAUACCACACGGUAAUCCCAGAAAAAACAACUUCGAAUAACGAAAAGAAACCGAAAAAAGGCACAAACAUAAAAAACAGGCAACAACCUUCGACUUCGAAUUCUCAAAAAAAUAAUCAACAGUCCAAUAAAGCAAAUAACGAAUCAUUUAAAAUAGCAAAAUCCGAUUCUGUAAAAAGUACAUCCGAAGAAUCGAGUUCUAAUAAUAAAAAAUCAAAUAAAUCAGGUUUAAAAACUUCCACAAAAAUGAAAUUAUUCGCUGGGAAAACAUCAAAAAUCAAUGAUAAUAAUUUAUCUUCAAUCCCUAGCACGUCCGAUUCAAAAAAGAAACGCAAAAAAUCAAAUCCCGAUGAAACUAAAGAUGAAAAGAAAGAUGAUGUUAGUAAAGAGGAUAUUAAUCGAGAUGAUGUUAAUAAAGAGGAUAUUAAAAAUAUGUUUGAAUGUUUCGUUUAUAACACAUUAAACAAAAUUGAAAUUCCUGAAGAAUGCACAGCUGAUGAAACAAUUCCAAGUAGUAAUGAUCAUAGUACUUGCGAGGAUAUUAAGGAAUUAAUGGAAUUAGAUUUGGAGAAUCAAAUCGAAAUGGAUGGUUUAGCUAAAGAAUUAAUUGAAGAUGUUUUGGUGAAUAUAAACGUUGAAGGAAAUGUGGCUAAAAAUAAUAACGAACAACAAAUGAGUACAAGUUCAACUGAAAAUGGUAAUCAAGAACUUAAUAUGGCGAGUAGAGAAGCACUGUUUGAUCCAAAUUCGGAAACCGAUAUGUUGGAAGAAUUUGGAAUCCCACCGGAAAUUGCUGUACAAGAUAAUCAAAUUAAUCUAAAUAAUCAAGAUAAUCAUAUUAAUCAAGAUAAUCAACUUAAUCAAAACAAUCAAAUUCAACCUAACAUAAUUGUAAUUGGUGUUAAUAUUAACGAUGAAGAUGGAGUUGUUAUGGCCGAAAACACCGAGCAAUUUCCUAAUUGGUUACUUCAAUUAUUAGGUGCAAACGUUGAAGACCCCGGUGAAUCCCACGAUGAACCUCACUUUUAUUGCCAAGGUGACGGAAUUGAUCAAGGUGUUCAUCCUUCAAUAAUCGAGGUAGAAUUGGACGAAGAGGAAUCUUCGUCCGAUUCGACGAGCAGUAACGAUCAAGCGGAAGCCGAAAGAACAAUUUCUGAAUCGGUUGUUGGCCCAUUACCCAACGACGAAUUAGAGACAUCCGAACCGAUCGAAACAGCGAGCGGACCGAAUUUAGUCACGGCCGGAAGUGCCACUGAAAGUACAGACGAAUUUUUUGACACGAUUGAUGAGCAAUCAGCGUUUAAUGUUGAUACGUCGAGAAUGGAUCCUGAUGGGUAAAUAUGAAAUUUGGAGAUAAAAUGAAAUUAAAUAAAAAAAUGUGUGGAGGUGUUGGGUUGGGAAGUGCUCUUUUUGUUGAUUCAGGUAAAAAAUUAAUUGUAUCGCGGUGAUUUUUAUAUAUUUUUUAUUUAUC